AGAAAAUAUGUUCUAUAUCAGAAUUAAAUAUUGAAACUAGCAGAUCAUCAUCAAAUUUACAAAAUCAUAAACAGCAUCUUUUAGGUAACCAUAGUAACCUUUCUGAAAUAACAAAUCUGGAAUAUCAUAAACCAAGAGGUCGUCCCCCAAAGCACUAUAAAUCAUUAACUGAAGAGAAAAAUAAUCAAUAUAUACCGUUAUCUUCUAAGACCUGUAGUUAUUGUCAAGAAAAAGAACACAACAUUAGAGGAUAUAAAAAGCAAAAAGUUGACUCUUUAGACAAGAAAAAUAGUGAGUAUAAACUUAACUGA